GACUGCCGUAUAGAGGUCAAAUGUGAUUGGCAUGUAUUGAACGUGCGUGGCGUGUCAGUCGUUGGUCAUUGACCUUUUGUCGUGGUAACAAGGCACGGUUUGUGUUGUCUGAUUGGUUCACUCCUUGAUGGAUCUGAGAGGUAGUCUGCUGGACGUUGUAGUAUCGGCAGCUGUAGUCGUUGGAGAAUUCGAAUUUUAGAUCAGCAGAUAAGUGUUAACUGUCCAAGAUGCCGGCACACACUGUGGAUGAACCACCGUUACAGGAUGAGUCCCUGCUGUCGGACACGAUACAGAUGGACUCGAUGGAGUCACUGGUUUGUAGUGAAGACAUUGUGAUCAGCGGGAUCUCAUGUCGCCUGCCCGAGUCUGACAACAUGGAGGAAUUCCGUGAACACCUGGUGCUGUCGGAGGACAUGGUCACUGAGGACAACCGGAGGUGGGAGCCAGGUUACUUGGGCCUGCCAUCACGCAAUGGAAAGCUGAAGGAUAUUUCCAAGUUUGAUGCUCAGUUUUUUGGUGUUCACCCCAAACAAGCAGACUCGAUGGACCCACAGCUCCGCAUACUGCUAGAAGUCGCGUAUGAAGCCAUUGUUGAUUCAGGUCUAAAUCCGCAGACUAUCAAGGGGACCAACACGGGUGUGUUCAUCGGGGUGAGUUCAUCGGAGGCAGGGGAGGCGUGGUCAGCAGACCCUGAGAAGGUCGUCGGCUACAGCAUGACCGGGUGUUGUCGGGCCAUGUUCCCAAACAGGCUGUCAUACUUUUUUGACUUCAAAGGUCCAAGCUACGCCAUCGACACAGCAUGUUCCUCCAGUCUCCUGGCGCUAGAUCAAGCUGUGAUGAGUAUCCGACUCGGGAAGUGUGACGCAGCCAUUGUUGGCGGAUCCAACCUAUGUUUGAAACCAACCACAGCUCUUCAGUUUCUCAAGUUAGGAAUGUUGUCUCCAGAUGGAGCUUGCAAGUCAUUUGAUGCUGCAGGAAAUGGAUACUGUCGUAGUGAGGCCAUUGUAGCAAUUUACAUUCAGAAGACGUCUGUUGCCAAGCGAGUCUACUCCACCAUUGUACAUUCAAAGAACAAUUCUGAUGGUGCCAAAGAGCAAGGAAUAACGUUUCCAUCUGGCGAGAUUCAGAAGCGUCUGUUACAUGCGGUGUAUGCUGACGCAGGUAUCCCACCAUCUCAGGUCGCGUAUGUGGAGGCACACGGCACAGGUACAGCGGUCGGAGACCCACAGGAAGUGAACAGCAUUGUGGAUGUUUUCUGUAAAAACAGGAAGGGGCCUCUGUUGAUUGGCUCGGUCAAAUCCAACAUCGGACACCCUGAACCAGCGUCAGGAUUGGCAUCAAUUGCCAAGGUGAUAAUUGCUAUGGAGGAUGGAAUGAUUCCACCAAACCUUCAUUUUAAAAGUGCAAACCCCGACAUUCCUGGACUACACAACGGCCAGCUGGAAGUGGUGACCAAAUGCACUCGGUGGAAUGGCGGUUACAUUGGAGUGAACUCGUUUGGGUUUGGAGGGGCUAACGUUCACGCCAUCUUGCGGUCUCACGACCAGGACGGGCCACUGUACGAGGCGAGUGAGGCGGAGAGACUGUUUGUGUACUCGUCGAGGACGGAGGAGGGCCUCCGUAAAGUGUUCAGCUUCGCGCACAAACACGCAGACAACGUCGAGCUCCAGGCGCUGAUGACAGACAGCGCCAACAUCUCGCCGGCAACUCACCCGUGUCGGGGUUACACCGUGCUUAACUCCAAGAAAACAUUGCAGGAAAUAGAGAAAUACUCUGGCGAAGUGAACCGACCUAUAUGGUUUGUGUUUGCUGGAAUGGGGACACAGUGGUUGGGCAUGGGCCGUCAGAUGAUGAAGCUAGAUGCCUUCCGUCAUUCCAUCCUCAAGUGUGAGGCCUACUUACGGCCACACGGGAUCAUGCUCUUUGAUCUAUUGAUGAACGGCGAUGAGAACACAUUUGAGAACACCAUACAUUCCUUCGUGGGCAUUGCGGCAAUUCAGGUAGCUCUAGUGGACCUGCUGUCUGUGAUGGGGAUCAAGCCUGACGGGAUUGUGGGCCACUCUGUGGGUGAGCUCGGCUGUGCAUAUGCCGACGGUUCACUCACAGCUGAGGAGACCGUUCUGGCUGCAUACUACCGAGGGAAAUGUAUCAAGGAGGCCAAGCUGCCAGCUGGGGGAAUGGCUGCCGUGGGUUUGACGUGGGAGGAAGCUAAAGUCCAGUGCCCGGAGGGUGUAGUUCCUGCAUGUCACAAUGCCGAAGACACUGUGACAAUAUCUGGACCGGCAGAAGCGGUGUCGAAGUUCGUACAGGAGUUGAAGAAGAAAGAAGUGUUUGCGAAGGAAGUGCAGAGUGCUGGGGUCGCGUUCCACUCGCAUUACAUGGUCGAGAUAGCUCCAGUCCUCAAGGCAGCUCUCGAUAAGGUGAUAACACCCAAACCGAGGACGAAGCGUUGGAUCAGCUCGUCGAUCCCCGAAUCCCAGUGGGACACGGCCCUGGCCCAGCUGUCGUCUGCCGACUACCAUGUGAACAACCUGGUGAGCCCCGUGCUAUUCCAGGAGGGACUGCAGCACGUUCCAAAGAACGCCGUCGUCAUAGAGAUCGCCCCCCACUGUCUGCUGCAGGCCAUCCUGAAGAGGUCGCUGAGUACAUCGUGCACGUUCGUGGGCUUGAUGAAACGCAAUCAUCCCGACAACCUCGAGUUCUUCUACACCAGUCUGGGCAAGUGCUACAUGAAUGGUGUGAACUUUGACCCCAUGAAGCUGUUUCCACCUGUCAAGUUCCCUGUUUCGUGUGGAACUCCGAUGAUUAGCCCGCUAGUGCAGUGGGACCAUGCUCAGUCGUGGGCCGUGCCUAAGUACGACGAGUUUCUCAGUGGUGGGACGGGCAUGAACUCAGAGAUGUCGUUCGAGAUUGACAUAUCUCCCGAGUCCAAGGACUACUAUCUGAUAGGUCACAAGAUUGAUGGCAGAGUUCUCUUCCCGGCCACUGGCUAUUUGGUGCUCGUGUGGAAGACACUGGCGCGAAUGAAAGGAAUGUUCUAUGAACAGAUGCCUGUGUGUUUCGAAAACGUGGACAUACACCACGCAACCAUCCUGCCCAAAACAGGCACAGUGAAGCUGGAUGUUAGUAUUAUGCAGGCGACGGGAGAUUUUGAGAUUUGUGAGAACGGUCAGCUGACAGUCAGUGGAUCAGUGAGUGAACUCGGCGAUUCUGUUCUCAGUCACUUCGAGGACGACGCAAUCUGCCAUACACCAUCCAGUCCGACCAAGAACGGUGGAAUGCUUCUAUCAAAGGCAGAUGUGUACAAGGAACUUGGGUUAAGAGGGUACGACUAUGGGCCAACCUUUCAGGGCAUCUUGAGUGCCAGCAAUAAAGGUGACGAGGGUGACCUGCUGUGGGACGGGAACUGGGUGUCGUUCCUCGACACAAUGCUGCAGAUCCAAGUGCUGGGACUUCCGGGACACGCCCUCCGCCUGCCCACCAGGAUUAAGAUGUUGAAGAUCGACCCACGCACCCAUGACGGCCACACCAUGCAGCUGACGGAACAACAAAAUACAAUUCACGUGAAGGUUGACUCGUGUCUGCGGACGUGUGUUGCGGGUGGUGUUGAGAUGAUGGACCUGCAUGCCACAGUGGCGCCGCGUCGACAGCAUCAGACAUCCCCCACACUGGAGCAGUUCACAUUCGUUCCGUACACACACAACCUGCUCUCCUCCAUGGAGCCCUCCAUCCAGGAAUACGCCAAGGACUGCUCAAACGUUGCUGCUUCCUAUCUGAAAUCCCUCACUCUAAACACCACGGGAUGUGUUCCCAACAAGGAAUAUCUGUCAUCAGUUGUUGCAGAUGGAGAAGUUCCGUCGGUGUCGGCAGAAAGAGUGGCCGAAUUUGCAGACAAGCCUCGUUGUGGAUUGAUGCAGGUGUUCAAGAAAAUUCUGUCUGUCCCAGUGUCGGAGAACUUCUCUGAAAAUGUUCACAAUAUUCUCGAAGCCUUUCAUCCGGAACUGGAGUCCGACCAGCUCCUGUCUUAUCUGUCGCAGCCGCCGGUGUUGAAACCGUGUCUUGAUGUUGUUCUGGAGAACUGCAUGACGAAGAAGCUUAAAGUGACCGAGCUGGGAGCUAGACGAGGUGGACUGUUCAAAUCAAUCAUUCCUCAGAUGAUCUCACAGCCGCUGCUGCAGCUAGACUUCGCUGUCCUCGACGAUUCAGAAUCGGCCGACUUCACGUCUGCCGGUUGCAAGUACAUUCACUGGAACAAGUCUGACAAUGUGCCGGCCGUCAUAGGCCAUUCCCAUCUAGUUGUGAUGAAGAAUCACCUACACGAGCAUUCAGAUAUUCCAUCCAUCCUUCAGAACAUCUCUACUUCUCUACCCAAGACAAGCUUUCUACUGGUGCAAGAAGUGACUCACAACUUCCAGAUCGCACUGAUGCUGGAAGCUCUCGGUAGUGACCUGCCAACAGUGGGGCCUGGCAGAUCGUGUGCGUGUUACUUGGGCGAGGAACAAUGGGUCAAACUGUUUGAACAGUCGGGUUUUGAAAUUGUGUGCCAGAAAUCCGACGGAGUUGUCUCCACACUCUUCUUGUUGAGAAAGAGAGUUGAGUUGUGUGACAAGCAGACUCUAGUCUCUGUGGAUGACUUUGAAUGUGGCUGGGUGGACGAUGUGAAAGAAAAACUUAAGCAGGUUGUCACAAGACCUGAGGGAGAAAACCUAUGGCUGUAUGCCAAGCAUAAACACAGCGGCAUUCUGGGACUGGUGAACUGCUUACGGCAGGAGCCUGGUGGGGAGAGACUACGUUGUGUGUUCAGCCAUUCCCCGAGUGCCGACAUUGACAUCUCACCUGACAGUCUGACCUUUCGAACUCUGCUCAAGAAAGAUCUCAUCAUGAAUGUGUACAAAGAUGGAUCGUGGGGGUCAUAUCGACAUAUACCAAUACCGUCACAACUCUACUUGAAGGACUGCCAACAUGCCUAUGUGAAUGUUCUAACUCGAGGAGAUCUGUCCAGUCUCAAGUGGAUCGAGUCACCACUGAAGUACUUCGACGCAGCGACAAACAUGGAGAAAGAAUUGUGCAGUGUCUACUACACGUCGCUCAACUUCCGUGACAUCAUGCUGGCGACUGGGAAACUCCCACCUGACGCCAUCCCUGGUGAUAUGGCUCUACAGGAGUGCAUUCUGGGAAUGGAAUUUUCAGGCCGGGACAAGGCAGGCAAUAGAAUUAUGGGAAUUCUUCCAGCAAAGGGUUUGGCGACGACUGUUGACGUGGACCGCCCCUACCUCUGGCAGAUCCCCGAGUCCUGGUCCAUGCAGGAAGCUGCGACGGUUCCAAUGGUUUACUCGACAGUCUACUAUGCUCUGGUUGUGCGUGGAAACCUGAAGAAGGGUGACAAGGUGCUGAUCCACUCCGGCAGUGGUGGGGUGGGUCAGGCGGCGAUCUCUGUGGCGCUGCAUCACGGUUGUGAGGUGUUCACCACGGUGGGCUCGGCCGAGAAGAGGGACUACCUCAAGAAACUCUUCCCACAGCUACGGGACUGCAACUUCAGCAACUCACGCGAUCUCUCCUUCGAGUUCGACUUUCUCAGAGCCACAAAGGGCAAAGGAGUGGACAUUGUUCUCAACUCUCUGGCGGAAGAGAAGCUCCAGGCCAGCUUGCGGCUACUUGCACGACACGGUCGCUUCCUAGAGAUCGGAAAGUUCGACCUGUCGAGAAACACUUCACUAGGAAUGGCUAUUUUCCUGAAGAACAUAAGUUUCCAUGGUAUUCUGUUGGAUGCCCUGUUCGACUCCCACAAGACGUGGGCGACUGUGGCCGACUUGGUGUCUGAUGGAAUAAAGUCUGGAGCCGUGAGACCACUCCGCACCACUGUGUUCGAACGCGGGCAGAUUGAGGAUGCAUUCCGCUUCAUGGCGCAGGGCAAACACAUCGGCAAGGUUGUCAUCAAGGUGAAGGAAGAAGAGGAUGUUAAGAAAACUCUGCCUGCUCCCAUCACCGUGCCGGCGAUCGCACGCUCGUGCUGUCACCCUGACAAGACGUACAUCAUAACUGGUGGUCUCGGCGGGUUCGGGAUGGAGCUGGCCCAGUGGCUGGUAAACCGGGGAGCGAGAAACCUUGUGCUCACGUCCAGGUCGGGGGUCAGAAACGGCUACCAGUCUCGAAAGCUGCGGUUGUGGCGGGAAGAGGGGGUCACGGUGGAAGUCUCGAAGAGAGAUGCGAAAAAGGAAAGUGAAGCACGUCUGCUGAUUGAAGAAUCACAGAAGCUUGGACCUGUAGGAGGCCUCUUCAAUCUAGCCAUGGUUCUUAAAGAUGGCUUUAUGGAAAACCAAACAGUUGAGAAUUUCCAGGUGGUAUGUGACCCCAAGGUGAAGGGCACAGAGAAUCUGGACAAAGUGACGCGCGACCUGUGCCGUGACUCGCUCGAGUGGUUUGUGGUGUUCUCGUCGGUGAGCUGUGGCCGCGGUAAUGCGGGUCAGGCCAACUACGGGUUCGCCAACUCGGUGAUGGAGCGAGUGUGUGAGGACAGACAUCGCGACGGCCUGCCAGGUCUGGCAAUUCAAUGGGGUGCUAUCGGUGAUGUGGGGGUGAUUCUGGAAACGAUGGGUGGAAAUGACACGGUUAUAGGUGGAACACUGCCCCAGAGAAUUUCAUCAUGCAUGGCCACGCUUGAUCGCUUCCUAAACCAGUGCCAUCCGGUUGUGUCAAGCUUCGUGAUGGCGGAGAAGAGCACCCGAUCUACAGGACAGAAUGACGGUGGACCAGACUUGGUGGAAUCGGUGGCAAGGAUUUUAGGUGUGAAGGACAUAUCUCAGAUCAACCCGGAGUCGAGUCUGGCUGAUCUUGGGAUCGACUCCCUGAUGGGGGUGGAGGUGAAGCAGACUCUGGAGCGAGACUUCGACGUGUCUCUGUCCAUGAGAGAAAUCCGCCAGCUCAGCGUCUCCAAGCUGCGGGCCAUCGCUGGCUCGAGCGUCGAGGCCAGUCCCGCCAAGACCGACAAGGAGAGUGUGUUGGGGUCAGGAUCUCACCUGGAGGACAGUGGGGUGUCUGUGCAUUACGACCUCACCCAGAUCCUCCCUAACAAGACUGUAGUGCCUUUGAACUCCAUCAGUGAUAGCACACAGACACCGCUGUUCAUCGUUCACCCAAUUGAAGGAAUAACGUUUUCUCUGGAAACCCUCGGCAAUCUGUUGUCUUGUCCCGUGUAUGGAAUUCAGUGUACAGCUGACGCACCACUAACAUCUCUUGAAGCUCUGGCUGGCUUCUACUUACAGGCUAUCAACGAUGUGCAGACGAGUGGACCGUACCGCAUCGCAGGUUACUCGUACGGCGCAUGUGUGGCACUUGAGAUGGCCAUGCAGCUACAGAAGUAUUACUCGGAUGACUCAAAGAUUGUCGAGUCGUUGAUUCUGCUCGACGGCUCACACCAGUACGUCAUCGCUCACACCAACACACACAAGUCUAAACUGACGAAUCGCAGCGAGGAGGAGGCGGAGGCCAUGUGUGCAUUUAUUCAGCUGUUUAUGGCCAUCGACUACAGUCGGGUGUUUUCCGAGAUGGUCUCACAGCCCAGCCUAGAAAGCCGGAUAUCUGUAGCGGUGGACAAGCUGAUGGAGAUGAGGAUGGUUGCGCACCGCCACGAAAUGGAAUACGCUGCCAAGUCGUUCUUCAACAAGCUGCUGAUAGCCGUGCAGCACCAGCCCACGGGCCAGUUUGAAGGGAACAUCCUGUUGAUCCGGGCCUCGCUCGGCAGUGUGGAGGCCACUAGUCUCGCUCAUGAUUAUGGUCUUAAAGAGAUGUGUUCGGGAAAGGUGGAUGUUCGUGUUGUCAAGGGAGACCACGAAAGCUUCAUCCUCGGCGAAGGAGCCCAACAGAUUGCUGAUAUUCUGUCUCUGAUCAUGUCGUAACUCUGUAAAACAUCCAUCAGUUGAAGCUAGUCUUUAACAGAUUCAAGAAAUCAAAUGUAAAAUGUUUGAACAGACAAAUUUAAGCCUGGGAAAGAAUGACUGCAGACAUUCUCAUAUUUACAUGAUUUGUAACGUGAUGGUUCAGUUUGAAAUCAUGAGAUUCCAAACUGUUGUCAUGUCCCUACUGAUGACCAGUUGGAAACAGAUUUCUGACUUUAAAAUCAAACCUUGUACUGUGAUUCAGUCAUUAUUGUAGCAGUGGAAUUGAGUAGGUUUCACCAUGUAAUCAUGUCCUCCUUAAACACGGAAAAUGACAUUAGGGAGACAGGCACAAGAGGGAGGGAGAAAGACUGAGGGAGCAGGGUUGACGAUAGACUAAUGUAAGGCCCAAAUAUAUAUAUAUAUAUAUAUAUAUAGUCUCUCUGGUAAGACCAAACAAGCUGUGGUACUCAUUCAGAGCAAGCGAACCAGUUUUUAGAGAUAGUGCAUCACAAUAUUAUUUGAGGUAGUGCAACAUUAUUUCUAGUCAAGAUGGCACUGUUGUAUCUACUGUGGGAAAUUUUUAAAAUGUCAAAAUAAUUUAUGUGCUGGUUCAAAAUUGGUGUGCGUCCUGACCAGAGAUCUGCAAUAUAUAUUUGUUUUGGCCUAAACAGACUAGAGAACUAGGAUUGCUGUUUUGUUUAUUUAUAGUAGGAGAAUUUUUCUAAAAUUGUAUUUUCCGAUAGGACUUUGUUUACAUACCUGCUUUAUUUGUUGCUAUUACCAAGUGUAAAAAUGCUACAUAAUGAAGUAAUACUCUUUAUGUUUAUACAAACGGCAGUAUUGUUAUGUUAUGCAUUUCUAGUGCUAUUUGAUUUUAGAACACUGGAGAUAAUUUACAAGGUAUUUCCCUCCAAAACUUGAAUGCCUACAGUUAAAGAAAAUCUUCUCUUUAUUUAGUUUUUUGUGUAAUGGUCUAUCAUAGGAUUGUAUUACUUUGUUACCCAAUUCAAAACAUUCAACUUUCUUUUAAUCCAAGAAACUUCCUAAAAGCUGAAAUUAUCUCGUAUGCGAAUGAUCAAUGUUUUAUUUUUUGCUGUAAGGAAAUAGUUUUGUGCAGUCUGCAAAAAAAGCUGUUAAUAAAUCUAUGCAGUUUAAAAUCACACUUGUUAACCAUCUGCUUAAAAACAAUUAUACAUAAUCUGCAAACUGAGUAAAAAUUUGUAAGUAAAAUACGAAAGUCUUUACAAUAAAACUGUGAUAGAAUGAAUCGGAUAACUACAUUCCACUAGAUCACAGAACUUGUAGCGUGGUGUUUUUGUUCUUAUAAAAUUUAUAACUGUUUGAAUAACCCAUAUAUACCGGUAGAUUGUUUAGUGCAUUAGCCCUCUUAAAUCUUUGUUUUUUGUAUGGAUUUUUAAAUAACGUAAUGUUUACUUGUUGACCUUUGUUUGCUUUUAAGUGUUUAAUAACUUCGUACUCUAUAACUGUCAUGUUUGUUGUAAUAAUAACAUAAACUUGUGAUGUGGUUAUAAACUAAGUCCAAAAGACUCGUGGUAUGACAGGUAAUACUCGAUAACAAUAAUGUGACUCAUUUGUGCAAUUGUCUGCCAUGAUUUGUAUUUCCGGUGAUGAGCUCUGGUUUUGUUGGUCACGAUGUAUUCGUAAGCUGCAUAUAGCUGAUAAAUUAUAUAAAGUUAUGUUUUGCCGACGACUGUAUUUUGCUGAUUUUGUAAACCCGGUUAGUGAAAUGCCAGUGAUGAAUUGAGGUGUAUGCUAGUAGUGACCUGGAGUUUGUUUACAGUUGAUGUCUUAUGUGUUGAUACCAGUGAGGAACUAUUAAUUAUAUACCAGUGAUGAGUUGAGGUGUAUGCUAGUAAUGACCUGUGAAUUGUAUGCAGUUGAUGUUCUAUGACUUGAUAGGAAUGAGAUGAUUUUGGUUAUACCAGUGAUCAGUUACAUGUCGUGUGCCAGUGAUAACCUGCAGUGUAUAUAUGAUUUGAUGUCAUCGGAGUAAUAUUACGAGUUAAUAUUGGGUGUUGUAUACCGACAAUGAUCUAAGAGUUGUAGACUAUAUGCAGCUUGCAGCUCACCAUCAUAACUUGUUUUGUUUUUUGUUUUGAUUUUUUGUUUACACUGAAUGUUGUGUUUAAAAUAAAUGUUUUUUUCUUCA